AUGGCCAAGGCCUCAAUGCGCUGCCGUCGUGUUGAGACUCAAAUCCGAGACCGAGACAAGGACGUGAUACUUCUGCCCUCGCAUAGCUACUGCGCAAUCAGUCUACACCGUAGUUUGAGGCCACGAUCAAAGACUUGGCUUGAUGGUCCGCACUGUGGUGGGGGUGGUGAAACACCAGGUUGCAAUACGGAUAAGGUCGCUUCGCAGUACAGUGCGCUUUACAGACGCAGAGGCAGGAAGUGGGGCGGGUUGGGCGCCGCCCAAAUCGGCACCCGCAGAUCGUUCAACGCAGGAAUUUACCUGCCAGCUGCGACGACGAGUUCAAAGCCGCCUGUCACCGUCCGACUGACCUGCAAGCUUCCUGCUGCGAGUCGACGCUCAGGGCCUCUUUAG